CUCGACCGCCUCCUCCCACUCAAAACCCUAAACCCAAACUCCAAAAAUAUCUCAAGAGUAGGGUUUCCAAGCAGCCGUCUCUUUGUUCUCUCUCAAACCCCAUAAAAGAUCUUAACUCACCUCUCAAAUCUCUCUACUCUUAUCCUAUGGGGAAAUCAAGCAAGAAAUCAACACCCAAAGUUGAAGCUGCUCCUGCUGCAGUUCCUCAGUCUGGAAAGAAAGGUAAGAGAGAAGCUGAAGAGACUCCUGAGAAACUAGUGGCUGCAAAAAAGCAGAAGAAAAACGGUGGGGUAGCACAAGCUGUUGUAAAGGCCAAGGUUGAAGCAAAGACUCAGAAGAAGAAGAAAGAAGAAACCAGUAGUUCUUCCGAUGACUCUUCUGAAUCUGAAGAUGAACCUGCUCCUACAAAGAAACAACCGGUUAUUGCCAAGAAUGGCUCUGUACCUGCUACGAAAGCAAAACAAGCUAGCAGUUCAGAUUCUUCAGACUCUAGUAGCGAGGAAGAUUCAUCUGAUAAAGAAGCUCCCGCUCAGAGUAAAAAACCUGCUGUUGCUGCAAAAUCCUCUUCUCCUGCUGCUAAGACGGUGAAAGCUGAUAGUAGUUCUGAUGAUGAGGAUGAUGAGCCUGCUGCAAAAACAAAUGUAUCCGCAGCUGCAAAAAAUGGUGCUGCACCUGUUAAAAAUGAUAAGGCCUCCAGUAGUUCAGAUGAAAAUGAAGAUAGCAGCUCGGAUGAAGAUGAAGAAAAACCAAAGCCUGCUGCUAAGAAAGCACCUACUGUUGUUACUAAAAAGGAAUCCAGUGAUAGUUCGGAAAGUGAUAGCUCUUCGGAUGAAGAUGAUAAACCUGCUCCAAAGGCUGCUUUGCCCACACCUGCUGCAAAGACUAAAACUGCAUUAAGUGAUAGCAGCUCUGAGGAGGAUUCAGAUGAGGAUUCUGAUGAGGAUGAUAAGAAAACAACUACCGUGAAGAAAGUGGCUGCUCCUUCUGCCAAGAAGGUUGAGAAAUCCAGUAGUGAUGAAUCUGAUGAUAGUGAGUCCGAGGAUGAACAGCCUAAGGUUGCUUCAAAGGCCAAAGUUGUCAAAAAAGAAAGCAGGAGUGAAGAAGAAUCUGAGGAGUCAUCAUCUGAUGAUGAGGAAAGUGAUGAACAAAAGGCUCCAAAGAAGAAUGAUACAGAUGUGGAAAUGGUUGAUGCUUCAACACCUGCCAAGCAGGAUUUGAAGUCUACGAAGAAUGCUCCCCAAACUCCCGCUACUCAAGCUACAGAAUCAAAGACGCUGUUUGUGGGAAACUUAUCUUUUCAAGUUGAAGAAGCUGAUGUGAAGAAUUUCUUCAAAGAUGCUGGUGAAGUUGUUGAGGUUCGUUUUUCCUCUGACCAUGAAGGGAACUUUAAGGGGUAUGGGCAUGUUGAAUUUGGUACCGCAGAGGCUGCACAAAAGGCUCUACAAUUGAAUGGUGAGUAUUUGCUGAAUCGUGCUGUUAGACUUGAUUUGGCUCGUGAAAGGGGUGUACAUACAACUUACAGCGGCAAUGAGAACAAUUCAUUUCAGAAAGGUGGGAAAAGUCAAUCUCGAACAAUAUUUGUUAGAGGAUUUGAUCAAUCUCUCGAUGAGUAUGAGAUUAAGAAUUCCUUGCAAGAGCACUUUGGUUCUUGUGGUGAGAUUUCUAGAGUGGCCGUACCAACAGAUAGAGAAACUGGUGCUGUCAAAGGUUUUGCGUACAUGGAUUUCAAGGAUGAAGAUAGUUUGAACAAAGCUCUAGAACUUGAUGGUUCGAAACUUAAUGAUUAUUCCUUGAAUGUGGAUGAGGCAAAACCGAAAGGUGAUUUUGGUGGUGGUCCAGGCAGUGGAAGAGGUGGAAGGAGUGGUGGAUGGAGUGGAGGAAGGGAUAGCGGUGGGCGCGGUGGGCGUGGUGGAAGGGAUGGUGGCCGAGGUGGCAGGCGUGGAGGUGGUCGAUUUGGUGGUGGCAGAGGUGGACGUGGAACACCUUAUAAUAAGCCAAACCUUGCUGCUGCUGGCACAGGAAAGAAGACCACUUUUGACAAUGAGGAUUAAUGAAGUGUGGGAGUUGUUCCAAGUGGCUUCGUAUGGUUAAAUGUUAUUUGUUUAGAUUAAACUCUUAAUCGUUAUGUCGAAUUCCUCACAAUUUUAAGUGCCUUGUUUGCUUAGAUGCCUGUAAUUUUUCACAAUAUUAAGUUCCUUGUUUGUUAAGUUACCAGAAUUUUGCCUACAUUUUAGUUAUUUUUGCAAGUGAGAAAAUUUUCCC